AUGAAUUUUUUCAUCGCAUUUGCAGUGAUCACAUCAAUGUUUCUCGUAUCAGUUUUCUUAAAUAAGCGUAAUGGAUUACAAAAUUCGGAUCCAAACCUGAAUAACGGAGAUGAUAGUUCCCUCGAGGAGGAUUUCAACGAUAUAUUGGCUUUCUUCCCCAUUGACGAGAGCCGUCAUAUCCUUUUUAAUUAUUUCAAAUAUGACAAGCAAUUAGAUGAUACCCGAAGUUUCAUCAACGAUCAGAAGAGAUUUAUAUUGAAAGAAUUGGAAACUAUUCCAGAAACUUGGAUGUUCCUGAAAAUUCUCCAGAAUCUGGGGCUACAAAUUGACAAUUGGGAGACAAAAAUCCGUGAACUAUGGAAAUCACUACCUCAAUUUCAAGAGGAGCAGCCCAGCAUUGCUACAGGAGGUUUCAUAGUCAUGAUAAACAAAAUAUUGAGGAGAAUACCCUCAGAAGAGCUUCAUAUUCUCCUUUGUGACAAAAUGAGGUACUCUAUGAGUUUCAGAAUGUUUAUCCAAGCAUUGAGAUCCGCUGUAUUCAUCGAUCUCUGUGAAAAAAUCGAGGAGAAUGCCGUUUUAGCCCGACACUACUACUGGGCGAAACAGGACGAAAUUGAAGUAAUAUUAGCCGUUGAAUUACUGAGGAAACUUUAUCUCUAUCUCACUCAGGGACUCUACUGA